GUUGUUGCAUUAAAUAACAGCUCCAGGGUGUUUUCUAGAGAGAGAAAGAGAGAAAAGGUUCAGAAGAAUCAGAUAGGUUAGAUUUAUAUUUAUAUACAUAAAGAAUAGAUACACUUGGAGUUGGAGUUACACAUUAUUCUCUCUCUCACUCACACUCAGAGUGGUAGCUAGACAACAACGAGAGAGAGAGAGAUGGAGGAUCUCGAGGAGGAAGAGAACGGAGCGGAGGAGGUGUUGGGGUCAAGCUUGACCAUGGAGAAAGUGGCGGCUGCGAAGAAGUUCAUUGAGAAUCAUUAUAGGGCUCAGAUGAAGAACAUCCAAGAGAGGAAGGAGAGGCGCUGGGUUUUAGAAAGAAAAUUGGCAUCAUCAGAUGUGCCAAAUGAGGAGCGGAUCAACCUCAUCAAAGAUUUAGAGAGGAAGGAGACUGAAUAUAUGCGAUUGAAAAGACACAAGAUUUGUGUUAAUGAUUUUGAACUUUUGACCAUCAUUGGAAGGGGGGCUUUUGGGGAGGUUAGACUGUGCCGGGAGAAGAAAUCUGGAAAUAUUUAUGCUAUGAAAAAGCUGAAGAAAUCUGAAAUGCUUAGGAGAGGCCAGGUGGAACAUGUUAGAGCUGAGAGGAAUUUGCUGGCCGAAGUUGCCAGUCAUUGCAUUGUGAAACUUUACUACUCAUUUCAGGAUGCUGAGUACUUGUAUUUAAUUAUGGAGUAUCUGCCUGGGGGUGACGUUAUGACUCUGCUGAUGAGGGAAGACACCUUAAGUGAAAAUGUUGCUAGAUUUUACAUUGCACAAAGUGUUCUGGCCAUAGAAUCUAUUCACAAACACAAUUACAUUCACAGAGAUAUUAAACCUGAUAACCUUCUUCUGGAUAAAAAUGGUCACAUGAAGCUCUCUGAUUUUGGUCUCUGUAAGCCUCUGGAUUGUAUAGCCUUGUCUACACUGCAUGAAAAUCAGACCAUAGAUGAUGAAACUUUGGCAGAACCAAUGGAUGUUGAUGAUGCGGACAAUCGAAGUAGCUGGAGAAGUCCACGUGAACAGCUUCAACAUUGGCAGAUGAACAGGAGGAAGUUGGCAUUUUCAACAGUGGGGACACCAGACUACAUUGCUCCUGAAGUACUUUUGAAAAAAGGAUAUGGGAUGGAAUGUGAUUGGUGGUCACUGGGAGCAAUAAUGUAUGAAAUGCUGGUUGGUUACCCACCAUUUUACUCCGAUGAUCCAAUAACCACAUGCAGAAAGAUUGUUCAUUGGAGAAAUCAUUUAAGAUUUCCAGAUGAUGCCCAGUUAACACUUGAGGCUAAGGAUCUAAUUUAUAGGUUGCUCUGUGAUGUUGAUCAUAGGUUAGGUACUCGAGGGGCCAUUGAAAUAAAGGCUCAUCCUUGGUUCAAGGGUGUGGAUUGGGAUAAACUGUAUGAAAUGGAGGCAGCAUUUAAACCUCAAGUCAAUGGGGAACUGGAUACCCAAAACUUCAUGAAGUUUGAUGAGGUUGAUCCACCAACAGCAGCAAGAACCGGGUCUGGAUCCUCACGAAAGAUGCUAACUACCAAAGAUCUAAGUUUCGUUGGUUAUACUUACAAGAAUUUCGAUGCUGUAAAGGAAGGGCUCCGUCAAUCUUUUGGUGAUUCCAUGCAAGAGUAUGCUUCUAAACGGGCAGCUGAAGAAACAAGUUUACAAAUGCUUGCAUCCUCUGGAGAUCCAAUGGUUCCAUAACUUUGUGCAAAUUGAAGUCCAUCCUGUUGGGUUUUUGUGUACUUGCUUUGGCUUUAAAUAUUCGGCCAAGAACAUGUAUUAUGGUGUACUCCAAUUCCUAUGCCAUUUGCAAGAAAAAUGUGUACAGCAAGCAGUUGACAGCAUUGUCAAAGCUUGUAGGGCAACCCCGCGCGUCUGUAUUUGAAUUUUCAACUUAGGAACUGAGAGUUGUGCGACUGAGUGCUCCUGUCCUGGCUGCCCAGGUUGGCUGAGGAAGACUUGCCUUCUCUAGUGGCAGUUGCUGGUUAAAUGUUAGUUAUGGACAAAAAUUGCUAAGGAACUAUUAAAGCAUCCUGAAAAUUAUUCGAUGUGAUGUGUACAUUUAUUGGAAGAUAGCAUAAAUUAAACUAUUAAAACAAACUAUGCUUGGGGAUGGAGUGUGGAAUUGUCUUUAGCAGCUCAGUUGCUUGCCCUUUUUCCCUUUUUAUCUAUUUCAUGUGGAAAAGUGCAAUUAGUGACGUCAACCUCACUGUCCUGGUCACUAGCUAAUGCUUGAUUGAAUACAAACAACUUUUUCUUAA